UCUCGUUGUUGGAUUAAGCAGAAAAGAAAAGAAAAAGCAUUCCCAAAUUUGAUGUGUUCUUGUUGCCUUUGAAGAAGGGGGUGGUGUAACUAGAAAUUGAAACCAUUACAUUAUGGAUUUGGAUACCUAUAGACAAACUUCCUAUGAUGGUCUUGGCUUUGGAAUAUUAUGGGGUGUGAGUGGUGCACUGGUGAAGGCUAAGUUCAAGAAUGGUGGAAGUGGUGCCGAGUUAUGGUUCGCUUGCAUGGUUGGACCUGUAGGCAUGUGGAUUCGAUGGUUCUUAGCUCGGCUCAAUGAUCGUGGAUUAGGAAGGGCAGGGUUGUUUAAAUGGAUGCCAUUUGGAACUCUUAUUACCAAUGUAUUAGCUGCUUGUGUAAUGGCUGCACUUUCCACCGUAAAGGAAGUAGUCAAUACCAAAGAUUGUGACACUAUUGUAAUCGGAACACAGUUAGGUCUCUUGGGGUGUUUGAGUACUGUCUCAACUUUUGCAGCUGAGUUCAAUGCAAUGAAAGAAAGCAAUCAUCCUUGGAGAGCCUAUGUGUAUGCCAUUAUCACAAUGUGUGCCUCAUUUGUCCUUGGAAUCUUGAUCUACUAUGUACCUGUUUGGGCAACGGGAUAUGACACUAGCACAUAACAAUUGGGGCAUAGCAGAAGGCAAUAUCUACUUUUGACCUUUGGACAGUGUGUUUGUUGGUGGAAAAGUCCAAGUUUGACCACAAGAUCCUUCUUAAUUUUAG